UGCCCACUGACCACAAUAGUUCUGAGUCGCAGCUUUAAAAGGGACUCCACGUUGCACCAGGAACUCCAGCAACGAUAUCUCAACGAGCGAGGGCUCGAAGAACGAUAUCUCACGGACUUUAUUUGCACUACCAAUGUCAAAUCCUUUGGACUUGGUCAGUACCCUCCUCUUGCGUUCGAAGGCGAGAUCGAGAUUCGAGUUUGCGCUUUCAAAGCUUAUGCCCGCUCGAGAUACUUCGUUGACGAGAUUCUGGGCCUUCAUCCAAACGAGAUGAUCCUAUGCAUCGAUUUCUCUCGAGAGCGUGUUGUAGACUUUGCCUCCCAGUGUCGCAAGCUUGGGGUGCCAGGCCAGAUUUUCACAACAGAAAGCAAGAACUCGAAGACCAUACAGCAAUUCCGCAAUGGACAGUGCAAGAUCAUGCUCACGACACCUGCGGGCUUCGGAGACCCUCGUCACGAGAAAGUCAAGACUGCUGUGAUCUUUUCAUCCCUGUAUGAAAGCCUUUACACUGACGAGGAUAGCCCUAGACCAGGGGUAUACAAACGACGUCUUGAUCUCUUGCGCGAAGCUGUCGAGAGUAUUGGACCAGCUGAGAAGAAGGCCAAGGUCUACAUCUUUGUGGCUGAACACACUACUAAACAGCCUAUCAUGUUGUGA